CACUGACGACGUAUCUGUGGCAUAAAUAUGUAAAUACAGUAUGGCUGAAAGAAGCGGAAACUUCCUUGCUUUCCCGGAUGGCAUUUCGUUAUGCGAUUGAGAGGGUUGUGACGUCCCGCCGCUCGAUGUGAUCGCACGGGUUGUCACGAAUGUCCAGGUGAGAUGACGUAGACGAUCCCCCUCGGAGAUCUUCAUCGCGUAGUUCGACCGGUUUGACGGGAAUGUCACUCAGUUGCCACUGGUGAGAGAAAAAGGGAGAAGACGCGAGAGAGGGAGAGAGACAGAGACAGAGACGGAAAGGAAGAGAUGUUGUGUUUAUAUCACGACGAGUAGUGACGAGGAGGACGCGUGUGUGAGCUCGAGGAAACCGAGGAAAAGGAUGGAGUGCAACGAACGGCAGCGUCAGUGCACGACCUAUUGACACUAUGCCGCGGCAGAGUUACACCGCGUGCCCCGACAUUUCGCUUGACGAUGUCAAGACCACUGUAGGUACUGUCAUGGACACAGAUGUGGAAUUCGGCAAGAGUGAGGGGUGCGAGACUAUUCCGGGCUGCUCUGGCUAUUCUAGCAUGGUGCACAGUAAGAAAGUCAUUAAGCAUGCGUUACGACAGCAGGCCAAGCGGCGCAGGAAGAACACGACAAUAGCGUCAGGCAAUUCGCGCACAUUACCUAGGAUCGUUGUUAAACCGCUGCCACCACCACCGCCGAACGAUCCACCGUCUCCGGUUAACAAUGUACAACACAUCAGUACUGCAGCGGAGGAACCAGCUGCCACAAUGAGAGAAGUCUUAGCUAGUUUACCUGGAUUCAGCUUGAAGUCAGGUCGCAGACGGUCUACGAAGAGAUUAUCAGCAACUGCGCAAUUGGAGGCUGGCCUCGUGGACUUGGAAUCUCCAGCGAGCAUAUUGGCGAGCACGAGUUUGCGUGCUCUGUUAAAUAGGCAUACGUUUCAAGGCUUACCUCCGCUGUAUCAACGAAAGCUUGCGCAGCUUUUGCCUGCUGUAGAUAGACAGGAUGCAGCUAUCUCUGGAUUGAACAACGAGUUCUUUGCGAGAGCUUGUUUAGAAUGGCGAAAACGCUUGGCGGAGGGGGAAUUUACGCCGGAGAAUCAGCAGCGAUUGAAAAUGGAGGCGGAACGGGAUAAGAAUAAGUUGGAUCCGUGGAAAGUAAAACACUUCGAGCCAAUAUGGGGAGAGAAACGAGAGCCUAAACUUAAGUCGAGCCUCCAUUAUAUCACCGAAUCGCGUUCCAGUGGUGCGGUGACGCGCUCGAGCUUGAGACUUCGCCUGGAAUCUAGCGUAGAUAUUCCCGUGUCGGAACAUGCCGUCUGUCCCAUCGUGAUGACGGGGGAUAAGAUUGACGCCAGCUGCAAGACCAGCGAAGUCAGCAUAAAAAGUUCCAACGAUUUGACUAGCUCUGAAGGGAUGCAACAGGACUUGAUGCCUUUGGACUACAAUGCGAUACCGGACAACUUGGCCGACGAGAAACAUUUGGACGACUCGAUGCAGGUGAACUCCGUAGUGGUUGUAGAAGACAUGCAAAAUAAAACGGAGGAAACCGAUAAGAUCACGGAUAUUUAUGAGAAACAAGAUAUCAGCGAGGCUAAUGACAUCUCGAGGCAAGUUUGCCAAGAAACCAUCGGGAGCAUUUAUGAGGAGGAAACAGGUUUUUCCGCCGGCGAAAAAACUCUGCAGCCCGUGGAAAAUAAUGUGAUCGAGGCAUCGGAGGAUGAUACCAUGCUGUUACCUGAUGAUGAUCCAUCACCCAGAUCUAGCGAGCAGAUAGAACACGCGUCGCACACGUCUGGCGAGUCGAUCUCGCAAUUAUCCAACGAAUAUAUAUCGCAAGCAUCGAUAGAUCAAAUAUCUCAGAUGUCGAAGGAACAGAUUUCUCAGAUGUCCAGCGAUCAGAUCUACCAGAUAUCGGAUUGCGAGACCGCGAGUAUCCUUGAAGGUUCGUCGCCGCAGGAUCAGGUCAGGCCCGCGGACCUCGUUAUAGAGGAUGCCAGUCUGAUCACCAGCGAUCAGACUGACGUUACGCAGGCUUCGCACGAGAAUCCGGGUGACAGCGACUCGCAGCUUCCGGAAGAGAUGGAAAUUGAUAGUGAAACCUUGCAGCGCAUUCAUGAGCUCGAGGUGCAAGGGGAGAUGCGCGAGAUGUACGAGGAAAUUUCGGGAUGUCCAGAGGAGAUAAUAUAUCCCAUUCUUGAAGGAAUGGAAAUGGCUACGACCAGCGCAGAAGUCACUGAAUCGCAAGUAGUGUCCGGACAGACUGAAGAUACCGGAGGGACAGACGUAAACGCCGGUAACGAGGAUGAAGCCCUUCGAGAAGCGAAUAACUACGUUUGUUCUGAGAUGCUGGAAUGCAGCUGGACAGUUGAUCAAGCAGUAAAUAAUAUCAGUAAUAGUAAUAACAGGACACAAGAAGAAUUGCAAGUACCCUGGCCUCUGGUGGCAGCUGCUCUCGAUGGGUCUGUAGCGGCUAACAUCACGGUGACCACGCAGGACGAAUGCAGCGAAACUUCGACGACGACCGACUCCACGACACCUUCGCAAUUUAUUAACGCGGACGCGAAUGUGGAGUCGGUUAAUUGCAUUCAGCUACCGGUUGUUCAAGGAACUACCUUUCAGCCGGACGGAUUGGCCAUCAAUGCGCCGGGGAACGGUUGCGUCAUGAAGAGCUUGCAGUCGCAGAGCCCACCGAUUAUCACGUUCCCGCAGUUGCAGUCCAUCAGAUUCGUGCAGACCAGCUUUAAUCCAGAAGUCCAGGAGACGACGUCCUCGUCGUUGAGCAACGCGUCCACGAUCUCGGCUCAGCUGCAGCCGCAACAGAGCACUCCCACCCCCCAGGUCAGCAUGAUACGGCCGCAGGAUACGAUCACCCAGAUAAAUACUCAGAAUAGCGCGUGCAAUAAUGUGAAUCAGAACGCCAUAGCGACGCAGAGCCAGGUGCAGAACGCUCUCUCGGCUACGAUGGGAGUGCAGUCCCAGAAUUGUACGCAGAACGCGAUCGUUAUUCAACAUCAGACCGCCACGUCCGCGCAACCCCGACAGAUCGCAGCCGCUGUGCAUCAACAGCAAUCGCAACAGCAGCAACAGCAACAGCAGCAGCAGCAGCAGCAGCAACAACAGUAUGCUGGAUCGUCUGUAACAGUCUCGUCGCGACCUUCACGUGUGUCGAAUCAAGGCAACCAACGAAGUUCUAGAAAUAAUAAUAAAGAGCAAGGCGGUGGUAGGUCGAGAAGUUCCACGAAAGAACCUCCCGGCGCCGUCAACCUGGAGCGCAGCUAUCAGAUAUGCCAAGCGGUUAUACAAAGUUCACCAAAUAGAGAUCAACUGAAAGCUCACUUGAAGCCGCCACCGAGCUUGCUCGCCAGGGGAGACGGCGCGUUCACGACCAGCAAAUCCGGAGGACGUACUUUAACGACAGUCAAACCUCAAAAAACGCAGCAAGCGAUGCAUCAUAAUAAGCAAGCUCAAAAUAAGACGCAAGCGGUCAUGCUGAGACACGUGUUCGCUACGGCACGUCAAGCUACAUCAACAGAGGUUACAGAAAGCACUCCUAUAACGCAGCUUGGUUCUACCACCAGCAACGGUCUCGGGCAAUACAUACUUGUACAAAGAACGGGAGUUGGAGACAGCGCGCCGAGGGCGUCUUCCGCUCCCCCAUUACCACCACAGAUCGCGGGGAUGGGCGUUGGGGUCCAUUUGGUGCGAGGCAGACCUGCGAGCGCAGGGGAAGGUUCUCAUCAAGCGGUCACCCUGAAAGCAAGAGGCGCGGACAAUAGAGCGACGGGCGGUGCGGAGCCCGGUGCACCCGGCAUGAUAAUCGGCGGCGAUCCGCCACCCCCGUGCGACUGUAAUAUGCGUGGAGCCAUGGUAAUCUGUCGGCAGUGUGGUGCCUUCUGCCACGAUGACUGCAUCGGGCCUCAACGUAUCUGUGCUACCUGCCUCAUACGUUAAUUGUUCUUCAUCCAACCGUUCGUGUAUAAAAAAAAGCAAGUCCGUUGUGAGAUAAGAGUGCUGAACGCCAAUCGAUAAAUUAACAAGUCAACUAUCAAAUAUUGUUUUACGUUACGUUCGCAACUUUAUUACACGCGCUGUAAUAUAUUUCAAGGAUCUCGAAAAUAAUAUAUUUAGAGGCGAAAGUUUAUAGACGGACGAAGUGUGAUCGAAAGUAACAUUUCUCGCAUCGGAUACUAUGUAUUAAAUUUGUAAUUAAUAUUCUAGGAUACAGUUGAAGAAAAAUAUUGGCACUAAAUGCGUAAUUUUAAGAGAAUUGUAUUUCCAAGAGAAUAUUAUUAUUAAAUUGUAACUUUUUGCAAUUUGCUUUCUUAAUAAACAUUAUUUGCGAAUCUUUGAUCACAUUUUGUGGAUUAACAAGAAUGUUCAAUCAAGGAAAUAAAACGUAUCCGUUUCUGAUGCCUUAUAAUUAAUUGAUAAAGUGUUUUUUGUUUGUAAAAAUAGAUUUUUUAACAUGCUGAAAUUUGUUUAAUUUGAGGACUGUAAAUGCGCGCAUAUGUUUGUUCAGCACUCUUAUAUUAACGGAAAUCCUUAUAGAUUAAGGGUAAUAAAGAAUACAGUUGUAAGUAUUGAAAGAUUUAAUAUUACAACGUUAUACAAUAGAUAAAAAAAAGAUGGAUACUCUUUUAUCGUCUCUUAUUAUUAUUCUGUUAUCUUGCCUAUAUAACAACUUUGUUGUAAAUUUAUGUGCAUAUCUGCAAGGCACUUCUUUAUAACAAAGUAAAAUAUAAAUUUUAUAUACACGUAACGCUACGUUAACGGACAUAAUUUAUAUGAUAAGUACAACGAUACUUGUUUAGCUAUCUAGAAUUGAAUUUUUUUGUGAAAAAAAGAUUCAUUCAUGGAAUAAGCAGUUAUAAAUUUUAAUCAUGUUUACAAGUACAUAAAAAUUCUACGAAAAUACUUUCGCGUAAUUCGUGCGUGUCUCUGAAAUCAGCAAAGUCUAGUCUGUAUUAUAUAUAAUUAUAGCACUUCUACAUUUAUUUAUUACGCUAUUUAUUGAUGGUAACUCUAUAUAUAUUUUUUAUAAUUUUUGUAUUCUUAUUGUAACAUUGCUACUUCAUGAUUAUUACAGACACCGUGCUCUACGGAAAAUCUUCGUCUGAAUCACUCUCGCUAUCACCAUUACUUAUUUAUAUAUUAAUAAAAUGAACUGCGAUAAUUGAUUUACUUUAAUAUAAUGCUAACUCCAUUUACUAAUUCCAAUAUUUCAACUGUAUUCUUGAAACACCCUUGCUCAAAAGAUUAUACGACAUAAAUCUCCCAUACACCGACCCCUAAUACAGUCUUCCACUAAACAUCACACUCUGUAAUAUGUAUGUUUGUUAUUUAUUUAUUAACACGAAUUUAUUUUUAUUAUAUAGCUGCGUAGAGGAUAUUCCUGUACAUGUUGAUCUCGAAGCUAAACGGCGAAUCCUUUGUAUAUGCUCUCUUUUAAUCAUUCCUUUAAAAUAGGAUGAUGUACCGAACUACUUGAGUCGUAAUAUAAUAGUUCAAGUUCUAUCUUUUGCACAUGUAUUAAUAUACAUGUUUUAUGUCAAAUCUAGUAUUGUCGAACAUUGUGUACAGGAACGUAAUUUAUCAUGGAAAUGAAUAAUUGAUUAAGAUUAACGGUUUACUGAAAAUAAUAAGGAAAAUAACUGAAUAUUCAUAGCUAUAACAUAGAUAUAUACAUAUGUAGCCUGUAUGGUUCAAUUGUAUCUCUUACCUUGUUUACAAUUAAUUCUCUAACUAUUGUUGAUUAGACCGAGGAAUGAUUUAUUGAGAAAUCGCGGACAGUUCGAUCAGUAGCAUAACUCGACUCUGUAUGUUUUGGUUCAAUUUAAUAUUAGUCCAUAUCUAUCUAUGCAAAUACAUUUGCUAUACAAGAGCCGCAAUAACGGCUCUAGAAUUAACUGAGGACAUCAUUUUGUGCAAUCUGAGAUUGGUUACUAUCCCUUAACUUAAAUUACAACAUAUUAUAUUAAAUGCUCUGACUGUACACCUAAACAAUAUUGACAUAAACUGUGCAAUUGGAUAUUAGUUCAGUUUGAUUGGAAACUAGAUGCUACUUGUGACUAUUAGUAUUUAAUGUAAGCCAGUAUAUGCAAAUAUUGUACUUGAUCUGAUUAAUUUUUACAGAUGGAAUUAUCAUGGACCUAUCUAAAAAUAAAGAAUCUAUCUAAGAACUGAAUUACUUAUAAUGAAAUAAGUUUAAAAAAUGAGAUUGGAUAAUACAAAUUUUGUUUUUCAAUUAUUUUUCAAA